AUGCCUUCCUCCACCAGGACAGUCUUCUCCCUGAUCAUCAUCAACAAGGCAGGUGGUUUGAUCUACCAGCGCGAGUACCAGGCCGGUCUGCGCAGCCUCUCCACCAAUGACUACCUCGUCCUCGCUGGUACCUUUCACGGGUAUGACCCUCCACAUAACCAAUGCCCCUUGGACAUCUCCACCUCGCUAGAUGGUAUCCCGAUCGCUAACGAGUAUUUGCGACACAGUGUCCACGCCAUCACCCGCUCUAUAACCCCCAAGCUCCCUCUCGCCCAGACCUCGCCCGCCCUCACAUCCCCCAGCGGCAACGCGCCCGUCGGAUUCAGCUAUCCCAACCCUGGCGUCCCUGCGUCAGGUUUGGAGCAUCUCGAGACCGAAAAGUUCCGAUUGACUUGCUUCCAGACUCUGACGGGAACCAAGUUCCUGCUCUUCACGGACCCUAUGACCGGCAAUGUAGACACGAUCAUGAACAAGAUCUACGAGCUAUACGCCGACUACGUGAUGAAGAACCCGUUCUACCAGUUGGAGAUGCCGGUGCGGUGCGAGGCCUUUGAUCGGCACUUGGGGGCUUGGUUGCGAGGGAGGACGUGA